CGGAAGGGAAACGCCACUCCGAAAGAGAGGGGAGUACUGAUCAUUAGCUGGUGAUGAGAUGACAGCACAUAUCACAGAACGAUUGAAUCAAAUACACAAACUUUGUGAUAAGGCAUUGAUAUCAAAUGAUGAUAAAGUGUUGAAGCAACUGAAGGACAAAUGUUGCUGUUAUAUUGAUGUUUGUAAAAAAUCACCAAGUGAAGAGAGUUUGGUAGAGCUUCUGAAACAAUAUGCUCAGAUAGUUCUAGAUUAUACUUACAUUGAUGAAACCAAACUUGUAGAUGAACUAUUUCCACAAGACACUUGUAAAGAAAGAAUACACACAAUAUUUGUUUGGAUAGAUACAAUAGAAGAACUUGUAAAGAAAUGUCUUCCAGAAACAUCAAUGGUAGACUGUUUAGGACAUGAAUUAGUGGAAUGUAUUAAUUGGAGGAAGGGUGCUUUGUUAUAUAUGUUAUGCAGUACAAUUAAAGGAGAUAGUAACAGAGAAGACCAAAUAAAUUAUGAAUUUUAUAUGAAUGUAAAGCAGGGUAUAGAGUAUUUACAGCAGAUGUUAUCAGGUCGUUUCAAUACUUCUGAAUGGGAAGGUGAUCAGGAUGCUGUUAACUUAGCAAGCAUGGGUAUAUACAGUGACACACACUUACUAAGUAUGAUGUAUGCUGGUGAAAUGUGUUAUUGGUUUUGUAACAAACCAGAACAAAGUACUUCUGACUUUAAUCCAAAGGUUAUAGGACAAGACCUACUAUCAAAAUAUAUUGCAUGUGCAAAGUCACCAGUUAUGUAUGGAUGGUCAACAGACAAAGCUGAAGAAUUUCUUAAAGUUAUGUCAACAUGAGUUGAAUACAUAUUUAUAAGUUGAUUAUUGUUUUUCCAAAAUGAUAUCAGAUACAUGUAGGCAAGGCAAGGAGAAUAUAUUGGUUCAAUUAUAGAAUUGAUGCAAUGAUGACAAGAGACAGAGAUGAAACGUUGUCAUUCCAAUAGCUUUUCAAACUUAAAAGCCACUUUUAUGUUAAAAAGCUACUUUUAUUGAAAAUUAAGACGAAGUAGCAAAAAUAAAAGUAAUAAAUGUAUAUGUGAGUUACAUGUACACAAGAACUCUA